GAAAUUUCAAACAUCUUGUAAUCGUCAUCGCGCUUCAAUUGUUUAAUCCACACCCCAAUUUCUCUCGCUAAUCUCUUCGAACUUCGAAGUCUUUAAUCUCAUCUUGCAACUUCUGCGAUCAACAAACCGUUGCUCCGUUCAAGUUCGAGAAUUUAGUUUGAAUAGUUUGAAGUUCCAACCUUAAGAAAAAGAUUUCGGUAAUCCAUCAAUGGAGAAAGAUUUCGGUAAUCUAUCAAUGGAGAGAUUGCAGAUUGAAGAUUUGGAAAUGGGAUACACUUUGGAAGAACCUCUUCCACCAAUAGGUUUUGGAAAAGUUCAAUUCAUGGUUCUUUCUUAUUCUGGGUUGGGCUGGGUAGCAGAAGCUAUGGAGAUGAUGCUUCUGUCUUUUGUUGGAGCAGCUAUUCAGCCCGAGUGGGCUCUAUCGUCUGCUGAGGAGAGUUUUUUGUCUGCUGUUGCAUUUACAGGCAUCAUAGUUGGAGCAUCUUCUUGGGAUCUUUUUUCAGAUUUCUAUGGAACUAAGAAAGGGUUUCUUGGCAUCUCUUUAGUAUCAACAAUAGCUGGAUUUUUGAGUGCAUUUGCACCAAAUUACAUAUCAUUGUUGAUUCUCCGUUUUUUUGCUGGAUAUGGUAUUGGAUGUGCACAUAUGCUAGCAUCAAGUUUUCUGGAGUUUGUUCCCAUUCAAAACAGAGGGACAUGGAUGACUGUCUUCUCAGCUUCUUGGACAUUUGCCACAACGAUUGAAGCUGCAAUUGCUUGGUGGAUUAUGCAUAGAUUUGGAUGGAGACACCUUCUUGGAGUGUCUACCCUACCAUACCUUUUGACAUUAGUAUAUUAUGGCCUUGUGAAACAACCUCCAAGACACCAGUUUCAUACACAAGGGAGAUUUAGCAUACUUGUCACCAAUAACAUAAAGGUGACUGCCAUGUGUAUUGAGGGUCAGGUGUCGGGAUAUAUUUGGUUCCAUUUUGGUUACUCUCUUCCUCAGUCAAUCAGAACAACGGUUUUUAUCUGGUUGCUAUACUUUGCAACUUCUUUCACUUACUAUAGCAUAGGAUUCUUGACGUCACAUAUAUGCUAUGAGGAAAGUGGUACAUGUGGCAUGCCAAGUAUACAAGAUGCUAGGUUCUAUAUUAAUAUGUUCAUCACCAGCUUCGCAGAGCUUCCUGGGCUUGCUUUAGCUUCUUUGAUACUGGUGAAGGUUGGGCGGAGGAUUUCCAUGGAAAUCAUGAUCAUAGCUGGAUUAAUUCUCUUAUUGCCCCUGGUUGUUCAUCAGAACACAAUAACAACCACAGCCUAUCUCUUUGGAGCACGUGUCUUUAUCUCAGCCACUUUCAUCGUUUCCCAAAUUUGUGCCCCAGAGGGCUAUUUGCUAUGAUGUAAAUGGAGGACAUUGAUGUCUUUUGCACAAACCAAACCGAGAGCAAGUCCAUCAUUGCAUUACUAGGCUUAAUACAAUAUCAUGAUGUUAUGUAUUAGUAUAUGACAUCUAAAACAUAACUUCAUUUUAAACAUUCAUGUGUCAAACAAAAAACAAUCAUAGAAGUGAAUCCAUAGAAGAACACACACCAUUUCCUAUGGUCUUGGUGUUUAGGAGCGCCUAAGUUCACAUUUAUUAACAUGUAAAGUAAUUAACGAAAUGGUUUUUACCCUAUAGUUAGAUAGAUUGUAAUAAGGUUUUUAACACAUAGUUUAUAUAAUUUGAAUCUCUUACAA